AUGUUCUAUGUUGGUUUGAACCUUCCCCAAACCUGGUCCGAACCCCAAACCACGAGAAGUUCUGUCACAUUGUCGAAGCAUGUUUUGACACUGCCUUUGAUGAUUCGCCUUGGCCUCAAGGAUUCUCGAGCUUCAAUACUUACUUGUUUCUGUCAAAUGCAGAGGCUCAUUGACAAGAUCCUUAUCAUACCAACACCCUAUGAUGCUAUUACGAUCCUCCACCAGCUGUUUGUCCACCGGCUGUCUGAUUUGCUUGCACAUAAAGUGUGCAAGCCUCAGCAGGAUGCCAAGGACAUCGUCUUCUACCACGAUCCCAAUGAUUCUGUCCCCAUUGACACCACGUCCUCUGCCCCCCAGCCAUCAUCAUCUACUAAUCCUCCUCAGGAUGCCUUCUCUAUGCUACUGAAUACUGGGCGCAAACCAACACCAGUUACAGCUGGUGCUCGAUGA